CAUAGUAAGAUAAAUAGGUAAUAACAUUAAUAAAACUGUAGCACGUGAAUGGACGAUUUACGAAUUCGACCGUGGUUUCGAAGGGAAGAUCGAAGGGAUUGCCGGGUGGAGGGUGAGGAGUGCAAGGGCACCUACCACCCGCUACACCCCCGCCGCAGCUCUGUGCGGUGUGUGACGUCAAAUGACGUCAGCCGGGCACAGGCAGAGGACCGCGCCGCGCCGGUUCCGGCGGCACUGCGCCCGGCGCCGGCCCCGCCGAAGGUCGCUGUUUACUGUGCCCCUGCGCGGCGAUCCGUGGUGAAAAGGGGUGGGGUUGACGCGACCGUGUGGACCGUGCACAAAGAGCGCAGCAUCCGCCGGGGAACGAUCGGUGCAAGGUGGGCUGCCGCAAAACGGAAACCACAGGCGAGUGUGCCGGUGGUAGGCAGUUAGGGGACCUCGCUGACCUCCAGGUCAGGUGUGCAGUGCGGUGUGCGCCCGGCGCAGACUGUGCCAUGGGUCCGGACGAGUUUCGUCGCGCCGGCCACCAGCUGGUCGACUACAUCGCCGACUACCAGGAGACGGUGCGCGAUCGGCCCGUCACGCCGGACGUGCGGCCCGGCUAUAUGCGGCGCCUGGUGCCGGCGGCGCCGCCCGAGCGACCGGAGCCCUGGGACGACGUGAUGGCCGACAUCGAGCGAGUCAUCAUGCCGGGCAUGUCGCACUGGCACUCUCCACAGUUCCACGCCUACUACCCAGUGGGUAACUCUUACCCGGCCCUCCUAGCCGACAUGCUCUCGGACGCCCUCGGCUGCGUGGGCAUCGCCUGGGCGUCGGCGCCCGCCUGCACCGAGCUGGAGGUCAUCAUGAUGGACUGGCUGGCGCAGCUUCUGCAGCUUCCCGAGCAGUUCAUGUUCAGCUCGGGCCGGGGCGGCGGCGGGGUGAUCCAGGGGUCAGCCUGUGAGAGCACUCUGAUCACCCUGCUGGCGGCGCGCUCCUGCAAGGUGAACGAGUUCCUGCGCGCGAACGGAACAGUGCACAACGAGCACGGCGACCCGGUGGUGACACCGGACAGGGCCGCCCUGCUGCCCAAGCUGGUGGCGUUCGCCUCCGACCAGGCGCACUCGUCAGUGACCCGCGCCAGUCUGCUCUCCGGCCUGCGCAUCCGCACUCUGCCCUCGGACAGCAAUGCGUCAUUGCGCGGCGACACGCUCACCAAGGCGGUGGAGGAAGAGCUGCGGGCGGGCAACAUCCCGUUCUACGUGCUGGCCGCUCUGGGCACCACCGCGUCGUGCGCCUACGACAACCUGACCGAGCUGGGACCGAUCUGCGAACGGUUCGGACUGUGGCUGCACAUCGACGCGGCAUACGCCGGCGCCGCCUGCGUUUGCCCAGAGUUCAGACACAUCAUUGACGGUAUCGAGCACGCGACCUCCUUCAACUUCAACCCGCACAAGUUUCUGCUAACUAAUCUGGACUGCUCGGCGCUCUGGGUGAGGCGGUCGAGAGACCUCACUGACGUGUUCGAGGUGAACGCGCUGUUCCUGAAAACGCCGUUCUCAGAGAUGCCCUCCUACCGGCACUGGGCGAUCCAGCUGAGUCGCCGGUUCCGGGCGCUGAAGCUGUGGUUUGUCAUGCGUCUGUACGGCGCAGACGGGCUUCGAGCGCACAUCCGUCGCCAGGUGAAGCUGGCGAAGGAGUUCGAGGCGCUGGUGCGCAGCGACGAUCGCUUCGAAGUCGCCGCUCCCGUCACUCUGGGUCUCGUCUGCUUCCGUCUGAAGAAAUACGGCAACAUGAUCAACGACCACCUGCUGGCGCGCAUCAACGGAGCUCGCCGGAUCCACAUGGUACCGGCCAUGCUGCCCGGUGAGACGUACGUUCUACGCUUCGUGGUCUGCUCGCGUUACACCGAGUCCCGAGACGUGCAGUUCGCCUGGAGCGAGGUGCAGAAACACACCGACGAGCUCCUGAGCUCGGCCGAGGUCCUCGGCAGGGGCAAGAUGCUCUGGAGCAGCGUGAGGGCCGCCAGCAUCGGCCUGCGUCUGUUCCACAGCUGGCACUCGGUGUGAGCGUUGGCGUUUGAAGCAGGUGAUGUGUAGUCGAACUGACAAAACAUGGACCGCACCAAAUUAUACCGCGUAGUUCCUGUGUAGGUCCUAAAGCCUCUGUCCCGGGGUAAUCAAGAAUCGGUCCAGACUUCCCACAGCAUCGCGCAGAGGUAGCUUAGAAUGAUGAAGCUGCAGCACGGCAGAGGCGCAGUUCGUCCUAACUCUAACUGCGAUCUUAAUUUUUAGCAUAAUGCCCAUAAUUUUUGCACUCAAACGCAGCAUGCCUCUGCCCAUUGAAAGUGCCGACAUAUCGCGUGGAUGGGAGGCAUAGACUAGUAGUGCACUGUGCAGCUGUUUAGAGUUUGACCUCUACGCUAAGCGAAGAGCUCGGUUGAUUGGACUGAGUGGAUGCGGCGGGGUGUGCAGCUGGCACGUCGUUUGCAUUAUUCUCCGACUGCCGCCGUCUCCGAGUGGUCGGCGCUGACCGACCAGUCUGACGACCAUCUUCAGCUCGUCUCACCACUUGCGCCCAUCAGCACGCGCGCGUCAUGGUGGAUGACGUCACAGCUCGUGACGCGUGCCGACGUAACGAGCGGCAUCCGACGACCAACCACCGUGACGCCGCCGCCGCGGCUGAUUCAAUUUCCGGCGCCGGCAGAGUCGCAGCUCUGGCGCAAAAGCGGCGCGUUUAAGAAGUCUUUAGCCGGUGGGUGUGGGUGGUCCGACUCCUGAGAAGUCCUCCACUUUGUCAAGCCUGCAGACUGAUGCGGGCCGCCAUGGGCAGCCUCGCUGUUGGACCCGCUGUCGACCGCCAAGCUGACAGUUUGUGUGUCAACUCCUGCUGACAUGUGGUUCCUACGAUGAAGGUGCACCCCACACAUCCUGUGUUUGUAUGUGUAGGCCGGUCUGCUGACCCGGUGGUUGUGUAUGUAUGUGUGUAUGUAUAUUUGUGUGCAGAAGUGUAUGUAAGAGCAUCUAUCUACGUGGUAGGUAAUUGCGCUUUGAACAGAGCAGUGGCUUGUCAGGGGUCAAAGUGCGGUCAAAUGCCGCCAAUGACGGCGCUGCUCUUAGACUCGAUCAAUUAAAUCGAUGGAAUAAGUGGAAGGAGUUGGUUCUAACUUUUCCUUAUAGUAUUAAUUGGAUUAUGAUUGUAGGUUUGUAGACAUGUCUGAUUAAAUGUAGGUAAUUGUGUAAGAAAUCGAAAGCGCUGUGUU